AUGACUGCGUUAAAAAACGGUGUUGGCGCAUCCGCAGAUCAAAAGACAAGAUUUUUCCUUGUAAUUAUGCGGUUGAAUUUGAAGUUCCUGUUGAUCGUCCUCUGUGUGACGGUUGCGCUUAUAACGUUCGCGCUGUGGGCAAACUGUGGCGUUGGACGAGGGCUCGUACCGAAGUGGCCACCGCAUCAUGGGGAUAGUGAAAAUCCAUUCGAGCAGACCGAGGAAAUCGACUGCAUCAUCAACCAAGAGUAUGCGAUCGGGUGUCGCAAGGAAGGUGAAGAGGUAUACCUGCCGUUCUCCUUCCUGCAGAAGUAUUUCGACGUGUACGGAUCGUUGAACGUCGUUGACGGGAGCAGGCGGUUCGAUUGGACGCACAGCUAUGGGAAAGUAAACUACCCGAAGGGUGCAUACGAUCCGCGCGGCAUCUUCAUGUACUUCGAGAACUACAACGUGGAGAUGCGCGAUCGCGUCAAAUGCAUCAGUGCAAUCGAUGGCGUGCCGAUUUCGACGCAAUGGGAAAGUCAGGGUUACUUCUACGCCACGCAGAUCGCCCAGUUCGGGUUGUCGCAUUACAGCAAAAAUCUGACCGAACCGGAACCACGCCGCAAGAUGGUGGAGGAUGGUGAACGGGAGCUAGCGGGAUGGAUAGUUCCGAAGGGUAGCUCGAUGAACCGCACGUUCGACCGAACUCGGAUGGUAACGACAGCGGUGCUUACGUUUUCCACCGGCAAAUCCUUCGAUACGGCCGUGGUGCUUCCGAUGGACCACGUGCUCGAUCUGGUGCUAAGCAUCGACGUACUGCUGAAACCCAACUCGACAGUUUGUGUCACACUGCAGAACCGCGAGACUCAGAAGCUGUACCACGUGUACUACAUACUGGCGGAUCUGCUAAUUGGUGUGCAGGACGAGAACAUAUACUAUGGCAUCGGGUUGAACAGUACCGGCACGUGGAAACAUCUGACCCGCGAUCUCUUCGUCGAUCUUCAGAAAGGCAUGCCACAGUACGCGAACACGGACAAGCGGCGAAAGAUGCGGCGGACGGAGUUGAAAGUGAUCGAGAUUUCGCUCCUCGGCAACGGCAGUAUCGAUAAUCUGACGCUCUCGACGAGCGAACAUAUCAGCCACUUUUAUGAUGCGGCCGAUUGGCUGAUUAGGCACCAGGAUCCAAGCACGGGUGGUUGGCCGAUACCGGUGCGUCGGAAGCUUGGUUCCGGUUUCGGUGAGCUGUCACGUGGCUGGUAUUCGGCCAUGGCGCAAGGCCAUGCGAUAUCCUUGCUAGCGAGAGCUUACUUUCAUUCGAAGGGUGACAAGCGCUACCUUCGAGCGGCGUUGGACGGAUUAAAGCUGUUUCGAAUCCCGUCCUACCAGGGUGGCGUUUUAGCUACCUUUCUUGGCAAGUACGCCUGGUACGAGGAAUACCCGACGACACCACAUUCGUUCGUGCUGAACGGGUUCAUAUACUCGCUGCUUGGGCUGUAUGAUCUCAACUCGACUGCACCUGUAAACCAAUCGAACGAAGCAGCGGUGCUGUUUGAGCAGGGUAUGGCGAGCUUAAAAAAGAUGCUUCUUCUGUAUGAUACCGGUUCCGGGACGAGUUACGAUCUUCGGCACUUCACACUCGGUAUUGCACCGAAUCUAGCCCGAUGGGACUAUCACGCGACGCACGUGAAUCAGCUACUGCUGCUGGCCACCAUUGAUCCGGACCCUCUGAUAUCGCAAACGGCGGAACGAUGGAAAAAUUACAUGGUUGGCAAGCGUGCCCCUCACAACUAA